ACAAUCUCAACGCAAAUAAAAAAACUACUUAAUUUUUAAAAAAUUCACACAAUUAAAAAAAAAGUUUCAUGCAAUUCAAAAUGUUUUUCGCGCAACUUUAAAUCAUAUCCACUUCACGAAAUUUAAAUAUUAUUGAAACGUUUUUGUGUAAUUUUGUCAUUUGGUUAUGAGAAUACAUAGGCUGGUCUCUAUAUUAAAUUCACGAUAAAAUAAGUUAUGCGUCGCGGUGCAUUUUCACCAUAUAUAGUAGCCGCAUAACGCUGCGGCAGGUUUGUAUCAAAUCCGAUCUUGCCACGUGUUGAAAUGAGCUUUUUUAAUUGUUAUGCUGGAAUCACCUGGGUUUCUUUCUAUUGUAUAAAAACAUAAAAGGAAUUAUAUUAAAAUUCCUUGGGACGACGUGCCGCGCCGCAAGGAGAUGCGUCUUCAGUGUGAAUUUAGUUUUUUGUUUUAAACUCUUAUUGAUUUUUUUAGUUGAUGUUUCCUUUUUGCAGGAAAGACAGGGUUGGUGAUGGUUUUACUUUCCACUUGUAGACUCUUUUUAUUCUAAGUUUUUGCUAACUAAGGAAGGUUUCUCAUAAUAUCAGAUCAGAUACAGAAGGUUCUACGUUUAGCUCUUAUUUUCGUGUUUCCCAUGUUUUUCAGGUAAUACCUCUUAUUUUACUAUUUUUAACAUACCUUUUAUUUCAUCCAUUUUUACAUUUUACAUUCAUACCAUUAUUGUUCGUUGUUUUUUUUUUCUUUUUCUGACCAAAUUUCCCAUUCAGAAUAUAAUAUCAAGGCUUUGCAGGGUUUUUAUUAGAAUUGUGUGAAAUUAUAUUUCAAAAAUUUUGAAGUACUUUUUCAAUUAAAGAUUGCGUGAAGUAUCUUUGGCAAUUGCGUGCAGUAAUCCUUAAUAUCGUUAAAGAUAAUUAACUCCUAUAUGUAUCGAGCUCAAAUCUUCGUCUAGGGGCUUGGAAAUAGCAAAAUACGAUUUAUUCGCGUAAUAACGGAAUACGCAAAGAGUGAACGAUAAUACCACUUUUUGAGACUUUAUGUACAGGAUGUUUAGGUCGCAUUGAUAUAGAAAGCACCUGUUUCGCUUGGGUACAUAACAUUUUGUACUUAAUUAAUUAGAAACGCUGGAAGGUUCAAAAAAGGGACAACUUUGACGUGGUUUGACGUUGUUCUUCAACAGGGAGUUUAACCAAGGCUACCCUAGUCUGUAUAUAUAUAUUUGAAUAAAAACUUGCUAUUAUGUGGGAUAUACCAAACAUGCAAGAUAAUGAUGACGAGGAUGAUAUACCCAUUGGUAAUUUGUUUGCAAGAAGGAUGUUAUCCAGGCCCACAACAACAAGAAGUUACAGAAAUCCAAAGUCGUCAAACAACUCCGUAACUGACUAUGCUGAUCAAGAAAUGUCAAGUGAGAUCAAUGCCAUAAUUGGUGGCGUCCUAGUUAUCGAAACAAAAUGUAGUUGCAAAGGUUCCUGCCAGACAGGGUGUGACUGUCGUAAAAUUGGGGUAAAAUGCACAGUUGGAUUUUGCCUAUGUGAUCCAUGUAAAUGCAAAAACUUCAGAGAGCAGGUGAAAAAUUUUAAACAAUAAUGUAAUGCUGUAUAUAUAUAUA